CCCCACGUUCCUGCACUUCGCUGUCCAGCUCAUCUGCUGCCCAAGACGCGGAGCGGAGCGUGACACGACAGCGAUCUUCGUGCGUAAAAAUGAUCGUACCCACCAUUCAUUUGUGUCGGUGAUUGCGCAUUACGUGUCGGGACGACCCUCUCCAUCGUCCGUCAGAGCGCCUGCAGGGGGAACAGUGGCUGGCUGUCUGUCUGUCUGUCCGUUAACGUGUCCGUCCCACUGAUCUUUUGCAGACUGUAAUCUUAUCAGUGUCAAACCGUGGCUACACUCUUCUCUUGGACAGAUCCUCAGUGUCUUUGGAUGGCGGUUGUGCCAAAAUUUGGAUGAAAACUGUUUUUUGUUUGAUUUUUUAUUCAAGGAAACUUUUUCUUUUUCUUUUUUAAAUCAACGAGGAAAUCAGUUCCAUUUACAGUUACGUGCGCGUUUGAAUGUGUGAUACAAUGAACAUUUGACUAUUACCAACUAAAAGAAGACAUGGAAUCCACAUGUAAAGAAAGAAGUCUUUUAUACUUACUUUUCUUUGCAAUUUGCACAGCCAGCGUUUGCUUUUGUGCAAGAAGAUCAAAUAUCCGGAGAUCUGAUCGUCUGAGUCCUCCUCUAGACAUCCAGCUGGAUACCAUCAACUGCACGGCCUUCAGUGUACAAUGGAAGAUGCCUCGGAGACAUGUCAGCACCAUCACUGGGUACAAGGUCUUCUACAAUGAGAUGAAGAAUGGCCGCCCAGUGGGUACAGCAGCCUCGAUGGAGGUGCCUCUAAGUUUGGACAUGCUGACUACUGGCCAGUUUGAUGGACAAGCAAGCUUUGCUGUGGAUAUUGGUAAUUUAAGGGUGAACACUAAGUACAGAGUCAGUGUUGGAGCGUAUGGAUGGGCAGGGGAGGGUCGACCCAGCAUGCCCAGAGACAUCAGCACUGCCUCACAUGACAUGUGCAUGCCUCCUUCACCCCCUACUCAGCCCGUUGUCAUGGCUGUAUCUGACACAGAGCUGGCGUUGUCGUGGCAGCCAGGAGAGAGCGAGGGAAGUGCACCUGUUCUUCACUACCUGGUGGCUUACAUCAGGCCAGAAAUGGACACGGAGUGGACGUAUAUUCGUGAGCCCAUUGAGACAAACUCCAUGGUUCUGAAAGGGUUAAUCCCAGAAACCGAGUACCAGUUUGUUGUCAGGUCGGUUAACGUGCACGGAGUUAGCCCACCCAGCCACAUCAACAACCCUGUGCGCACUCUCGCUCCCUAUGGUGCUUUUCUGUAUCGAGGAGACACUUUCCAGUACGUGGUGCAGCAGCCUGGUUACAGACUAACAGGUGCAUCAGAUGUUGGCAGUGGUGAUUAUGGAAGUUACAUCACAGACUCCAGGAACAAAGAUGAAGAUGGAUUUGAUAUUGACGACUCUGAUUAUGAUAUCUUUAUUGAAGAGUUGAAGCCAUUCCCAGGUAUCGGUCAGGACAACAGGAAGUCCCAACUCAGAUCACAUGCUGGUCCACCAUCUGGUCGAAACGUUGUUUACCGUAUGAACACUAUCGCUCCUCCUAAUGUUACCACCCCGCCACUUUCAACCACCACCUCCUCCGUCUUACCAGACUUCACAGAUCUGGUUUUCUCAGUCACUUCAGAGCGCAGCAGCACUCCUGACACUCCAUCUACCACCACACUAACCACCACCAGCAUCCCUUUAUCCACCACAACAACCACUCCGACCACGUCGCCCUGGAAGGGUGAGGUUCCUCGCGUCUACGAUCUGACCUGCGAUGAUACUGUGUGUCCUCCAGACAGUUUCUGUCUCAGCGAUUAUGACGGUGGAGGUUCUCGCUGCCACUGUAACCUCGGACGAAGAGGAGACACUUGUGCUGAGGUGGUGUCUGUGAACUUUCCCAGGUUCUAUGGUUACUCUCAUAUGACCUUUGAACCCUUGAAAAACUCUUACCAGACCUUUCAGAUCACUUUGGAGUUCAAGACAGACUCUGAGGAUGGCUUGCUGCUGUACUGUGGAGAGAAUGAACAUGGCCGUGGAGAUUUUACCUCUUUGGCUCUGGUUCGAGGCAAACUUCACUACAGGUUUAACUGCGGUACUGGAGCAGCUCAGAUAGUCAGCGAGAGUCGUAUUGUUGUCGGUCAGUGGCACACAGUGACUGUGUUCAGAGAUGGCAUGAGUGGUUGGCUCCGUAUGGACAACGACACCCCCAUAUCUGGACGCUCACAGGGUCAGUACACCAAGAUAACUUUCCGCUCCCCGCUGUAUGUGGGUGGAUCCCCGAGUGCUUAUUGGCUGGUCAGAGCAACGGGGACAAACCGUGGUUUUAUUGGCUGCAUUCAGAGUCUGACCAUCAACAACAAGGCUACAGACAUCAGGCCCUGGCCUCUGGGCAAAGCUCUGAGUGGGGCCGAUAUAGGUGAGUGCAGCGACAGUGUGUGCGAUCUAGUCAGCUGCACCAACGGCGGCGUCUGCUUUGCAAACCGUGCUGAUGGCUACAUCUGCUUGUGUCCGCUCGGCUUCAGAGGAGCACUUUGCGAAGAGAGUUUCUCACUGUCCUCGCCACUCUUCAAUGAAACAGUGUUUUCGUACGCCGUCAUCCCUUGGCCUCAGUCCUCUCAGAGUUAUCUGUCCUUUAUGGAGUUUGAGGUGACAUUUCGGCCGUCGCUGCCUGACGGGGUUCUGCUGUACAGCGAUGACUCAGGGAGUGGAGAUUUUCUGGCUAUAAACCUGGCGGACAGAUAUGUAGAGUUCAGGUUUGACUGCGGCUCUGGAGGAGCUGUAAUAAGGAGUGAGGAGCAGAUCAGUCUGGACUCAUGGCAUGAGCUGAGAGUAUCUCGCACAGCAAAGAGUGGCAUCCUGCAGGUGGAUAGCCAGAGGCCGAUGGAAGGAAUUGCUGAGGGUGCUUUCACUCAGAUCAACUGCAGCUCACCUCUGUAUAUUGGUGGAGUGCCAGAAUACGAUAAAACCAAGAGGACAGCAGGUGUAAAGAAGCCCUUCACUGGAAUUAUUCAGAAGCUGAUACUCAAUGACCGGACCAUCCCGAUAACAACUGGCUCCGCUGGUGGAGUUAAUGUAGCAAAUUCAGUGCAUCCAUGUGUGGAAAGUCCCUGUGCCAAUGGAGGGACCUGCAGGCCCAAGUGGGAUGGAUAUGAGUGUGACUGCCCUCUAGGGUAUGACGGGAGGCACUGCCAGAAAGAGUGUGGGAAUUACUGUUUGAACACUGUGACUGAAGCCAUAGAGAUUCCACAAUUCAUUGGCCGAAGUUACUUGACUUAUGACAACAGAGAUAUCCUGAAAAGAGUGUCUGGAUCCAGGACAAACCUUUUCAUGCGUUUUAAGAGCACGGCGAAAGAUGGCUUGUUGCUCUGGCGAGGAGACAGUCCAAUGAGACCCAACAGCGACUUCCUCUCCUUGGGGCUUCAGGAUGGUGCUCUAAUCUUUAGUUAUAACCUGGGCAGCGGUGUGGCUAACGUUGUUGUCAACGGGACUUUUAGUGACGGAAAAUGGCACAGAGUCAAAGCUGUGAGGGAUGGUCAGUCUGGGAAGCUAACUGUUGAUGACUAUGGAGCAAAGACGGGCAGGUCACCUGGCAAGAUGAGACAACUUAACAUCAAUGGACCUUUAUAUGUCGGUGGCAUGAAAGAAAUAGCUCUUCACACAAACAGACAAUACAUUGGAGGCCUGGUGGGCUGCGUGUCCCACUUGACACUCUCCACUGACUAUCACUUAGCACUGGUGGAGGACGCUGCUGAUGGCAAGAACAUCAACACCUGCUCCAACUAGAGAACUGCUUCAACACAACAAGGUCCACUUUCAGCACCAUUUACCAUCUGGACCAUCAGACUUGCCAGCACUAAAUCAGUAAGAACAAAGAAGGGUUUUUUUUUGUUGUUAAAUAUACUAAUUCAGACCUAACGUGAUUUUAAACUCAAACUGGAAAAAAAAAAAUACAACAAUGUUGUCUGAGUUGCAAGAAGUGUAAAUUGUUUCACCUGCCAACUUGUAAGGUUUACAGUUAUUGUUAACGUGAUGAAUUCCUCUGGAUUAACAGCUUCGAGUUGUGGCUGCAGCAAACAGGACCACAAGUCAUCAGAGGAUAUUAUAAAGCACAAGUACUCUGUGAAAGGAGAGAAAAAGCUUAGCAUUGUGAGUGUAUUGAGAGUCUUGAAUAACCUUCUGAAGGACUUUUUCAUGGGGUGAUUCCAAUUGUAUCUUUAUUUUUUCUACUGUAAAUCCUCAUUUGAUUGCUGGAAGAACCAAGUGAUCCAAGAGAUCAAGACUCAUCACGAACCUGAACUAGAGCAGCUAGCAGAGAUAAACUUCUUUAUAGAGGAUUUUUGGUUUUGGCCCUAGAAGAUUUUUGUUGUUUUUUGUUGUUUCCGUGGCAUUUGUAUUCUUGUUUGUGAUGUGUUAUCAGUCUGUAGACAGAUACUUUUUCUAAAGUCUGAUUGAUGUCAGUUUUUUAAAGGCGUCUAGUUUGCAAGGGUAAAGAUGUCAGGUGCACAAAGUAUUUGUUUGUUUUUACCUUCUUUAGUUUGCUCUCAGAUGUUAGUCACAUGGAAGUCUGAUGUUGACACGGUGAAGGAGUCCAAAUCCUGAAGAAACUAUGCAUGACAGUCUUUUACUGUCAUCUGAAAUGAACCACAACACCGUGGACUUCAGCCUCUAAGUUGAGUUGCUUUGUAUCUCUUGUUUUCACAUGAGAAAAAAACAAAAACAAAAAAGGAACAUGAUUUCUCCUAUUUGAUCAUUUGAUUUCCUCGUAUGCUUCAGUUUUAUCCCCUAAAGUGGGCAUUUUGCAAAUGUUCUAUCUAAAUUUUUAUGAAAUAUUUGUCAUUUUAUUUCUGUUGGCCCCAAAAAACUAUUAUCCAAAUAAGAUGGUUUUACCAAUGAGAGUUUGAAUUUACGACAAAUCCAGUAACAAUUUAAACACCUUAUAUGUCUGAACAGCAUUUCAAAAGAGGUGCAUUCAAUGAAAUAUACUAUGUAAAUGUGGAUUGUGAAUGGAUGAUCACAUUGUUCCUCCACUGUAUAAAAUGUAGUAAGUACUGACUAAAUUUGAAACGUGGUAGAAAACUGACUGUAGACUGUAGUAAAAUGCUGUGAUCUGUGUCAGCAUAUGUGUCUGAAGGUCCAUUUAAAGCUGUAGGUUGAUGCUUACUGCUAACUGUGAGGGCAAAUAAUGCAAAUUUGUGCAGAGGCCUGACCUGUGUGGAGUUAAAAUGAGAAGCAGGAACAAGCCUGACUGAGAGCACAUACAAACAAAGCAUACGGAAGCCUUAAUAUUCCCUUUAAAUAAUCCCCUCAGACUUAAAAUUAACGCUCCUAAAGAGGAGUAUCAAGGUGCACCAUUUGUUAUGAUAAAAGACUGAUUGUAGGUAUUUGGAAUAUGUAUAUUUCCAGGCUUGCAGUCUCUCGCCAUUAAACGAUGAUGAAAUAUGUAAAUCGAGCUGAAUUAAAAAAUCUGCCAUUUGCAUCAUGUAUUAUGUAAAUGGUACACUGUAACAGCUGCCUGUCAGUGAGUAGACAAUUAAUGCUAAUUUAACAGCCUGCUGAUUAAAUACCUUGCUGGACAAA